AUGUCCACACAAACCUUCCACCCAUUCAUCCUCCUCACCCCAACCCUCUUCCUAAUCCCCACCCCCAUCGCGAUGUCUAUCCAGUCAUACCGAACACUUUACCGCAACCUCCAUGCAAAUGCCGCCUUCUGUACAAUGGGCUUUGGAUCUCAUUUCCCACCUCGUGAAUGGAGCGAUCCCGAAACGGAGACUUCCAUACGAACACGUGAUGUGGCCCGGUGUUGGGGGGUGCGCGGGAUGGGAGAUUUUGCUAUGAGUUUACGAACAAGCGAUGAUGAGGUGAAGGGAAGAGAGUUAGGUGCGAAUGUUGUGUUGGUAGAUGGGGAGGAGUAUGUAAGAUGGGUUGCUAAGAGAGGUGGGCUGGAAGGGGUGGAGUGGAUUGGGUAUGCAGGAAUAAGAGACGCUACCACGACGUCGCUUCCGGAGCUUGAGGAAGGCGAGAGCUGGCCAGAUUGGCGGGAGAUGGUGGAACUCAGAUAUGGUGUUGCGCCUGAUUAUUGGGGGAAGGGUCUUGCGAGGAUAGGUGCUGAUGCAGUUAUGUUGUGGGGAGUGAAGGAGAUGGGCGUGAAAAGGUAUAUUGCUGAGACCGAGAAAGAGAAUGUGAGAAGUGGGAAGGUGCUUGGGAAGAUGGGAUUUAAAUCGUUGGAGGGCGUGAGUUAUUUCAAAGAAGAGAGUGAAGAUGAGUGGGUUUUGAGUGCGGAGGAUUUGGUUCAGAGAUUGGGGAAAUUGUGA